ACCAGAAUGUAGUUUGGCACGACGGCUCCAUUCUGUGACUCUGUAAAUUGUAGUGUGGCGGAAUAGAAUCAAACCAAACACGGAAUAAAUCCAUACACUCGGUUGUCUCUAGUGACUGCAAACUUGUGUUGAGUUGAGUCUUGAGCUUAUAUUCCCGAUAGCAGUUCUCUCGAAUUGUUUGCUUGCGCGGGGAUAAGAAAACAAUAUCAGGAAAUCAAAAUGGGCGCACAGAAAAAAAGCGGUGCUAGGGUUUCAGAGGACCCCGACGAACUGGUUCGGGUUCCGUUGCAGGCCGUUCUCUUGGCCGAUAGUUUCACCACCAAGUUCAGACCUAUCACGCUCGAACGCCCCAAAGUGCUGCUGCCGCUCGUGAAUGUUCCGAUGAUAAAUUACACGCUCACUUGGCUCGAAUCCGCUGGCGUCGAAGAGGUUUUCGUUUUCUGCUGUUCUCAUUCAAAGCAGGUCAUUAGCUACCUCGAGAAAUCUGAGUGGCUCUCUCAACCUAAUUUUACGGUAACGACUGUAGAGUCGCAGAACUCUGUCAGCGCCGGAGAUGCGCUACGUGUAAUUUAUGAGCGCAAUGUGAUACAUGGAGACUUUGUCCUUAUCAGUGGAGAUACUGUAAGCAAUAUGUCGCUUACUCAGGCACUUCUAGAGCAUAAAGAGAGGAAGAAGAAAGAUAGUAAUGCUGUAAUGACUAUGGUCAUUAAACGGUCAAAACCUAAUCCAGCUAUCCAUCAGUCUCGACUUGGUACUGAUGAACUUUUCAUGGCCAUUGAUCCUAAUACCAAGCAACUUCUGUAUUAUGAGGAUAGGGCAGAUCAAUCGAAAGGAACACUACAUCUUGACAAGUCAUUGCUUGCUGAUAAUCCUUCACUCUCUCUGCAUCAUGACAAGCAGGAUUGUUACAUUGACAUCUGCUCACCUGAAGUCCUUAGCCUAUUUACAGACAAUUUUGACUACCAGCAUCUACGGCGUCAUUUUGUCAAGGGAUUGCUUCUUGAUGAUAUAAUGGGGUACAAAAUUUUUGUUCAUGAAAUCCACUCAGACUAUGCUGCAAGGAUUGAUAAUUUCCGAAGCUACGACACUGUCAGCAAGGAUAUAAUUCAUCGAUGGACAUAUCCACUGGUGCCAGAUGUAAUGAAUUUUGGCGACACAGCUACUAAACUUGAACGACAAGGAAUAUACCGUGCUUCGGAAAUAUCACAAUCACAGUCUGCUGUUAUUGGCCCUUUCACUGUCAUAGGAUCUGGCACCAAAAUUGGGCAUAACACUAAAAUUUUAAAUUCUGUUAUUGGUGAAGGAUGUAAAAUUGGGUCAAAUGUUAUCAUAGAGGGAUGCUAUAUAUGGGAUAACAUCAGCAUAGAAGAUGGCUGUAAACUCCAGCAUGCAAUUGUAUGUGAUGGGGUGAUUAUAAAGUCAGGGGCUGUUCUGGAACCUGGUGUUAUUUUGUCUUUUAAGGUCGUAGUUGGGCCUGAGUUUGUUGUUCCUCCAUAUUCAAAUGUAUCUCUGUUACAGCAGCCAAUUGAGGAAGACAGUGACGAGGAGCUUGAAUAUGCUGAUAGUACUAGUGUCAUAGGCAGCCAAGUGGAUAAAUCAGAUGUAGAGAUUGCUUCCAAAGUAUUGGAGACACAUUUUAGUCCUGCCUCGGAGUUGGGUAUGGGUGGGGCUGGUCAUGUGUGGUCAACAUGUGAAGGAAGCCAUGAAGAAGAGUGGAGGCAUUCGGUGGCGCCUAUUCCUAAAGAUAAAGUUAUGGAGGCAAUUAAAACUAUGAAAGAUGAUCUGGAGAAUGAUGAUAGUUUUCUUCCACCUUCUGGAGAACUGAAACCUAAUUCUAAUUAUUCAGAUGAUGAUGAUCAUGAAGAUUCUAGAGAUGACUCUUACUACUUUGAGAAAGAGGUUGAAGCAACCUUUCUCAGGGCUGUGCAUGAAAACAUACAAGAAAGCCAUUUGAUCUUAGAAAUCAAUUCUUUGAAGUUGUCAUACAAUAAGCUAGCUGCUGAUUGUGCUGGAGCUGUAUUUUCUGCCAUGAUGAAGUAUGCUUUAGACACCCCCCAUAGUUCAGCUGAUGUUUUGCUUCAAAAUGUUCAGGCUGUAUUUACAAAAUGGAAAAAGGCUCUUACAUCCUAUCUGACUGACAUAGAUGAGCAGAUCGAAGUAAUACUUAAAUUUGAAGAAAUAUGUGAGGAAUCUGCUAAGGAAUUUGCUCCAUUGUUCACAAGGAUUUUGCACUACUUGUACAAUGAAGAUGUUGUAGAAGAAGAUGCUAUUUUGAGUUGGGAAGCCGAGUUAAAAGAUGCUGACGAGGCAGAUAAAGUUUUUGUUAAGCAGGCCCAAAAGUUAAUUCAAUGGCUAAAAGAGGCACCUGAAGAAGACGAUGAUGACGAGGAAUAGAAAGGAUUUUUUUAAGGUGCUUCAUCUCAGCCAAAGCUUAAAAGGGGCUUCAGUGCAUUCAUCUACCCUGUAAUUCAAAUAGGUAGUUAUUUUGACAUGUAUUUGUGCAUAUGAUGUGGGGGAAUUAGUUAAGGAAAAUUUGAAAACGCUAAAAGAACGUAUCCCUCGAGUUUCUUAAAGCACUACUAAAGUCUCUUCACACUGAUAGUUUAUGAGCAUUUUUUUAUAUAUAAUUUAUGUACUAAAAUUUUAACUACAA